AUGGCGCACCACGUGAUGACUCUGUUGUACGAUGCCGCCACAAGUCCUAUGCUGAAUGAUGGACGGGUGACACACCUCCUCUUUCCACUCCUCCUGCUUUUGCGAGUUCCAUUAUUGCUCAGCUUCGGUGAGCGCACAUGCCCGAAUAGCUGCCGAUGUGAAGGCAAAACAGUUAAUUGUGAUUCAUCUGGCUUCUUGGAUGUCCCAGAAAACAUUUCAGUUGGAUGCCAGGGCCUCUCCCUGCGCUACAAUGAAUUGCACAGCCUUUUACCCUAUCAGUUCGCUCAUCUGGGUCAGCUUCUCUGGAUUUAUUUGGAUCACAAUCAGAUUUCAGCAGUUGACAGUCGGGCAUUCCAGGGAGUUCGUAGACUCAAAGAACUUAUAAUGAGCUCCAACAAAAUCAUAUCUCUGCACAAUUCGACAUUCCACGGAAUUCCCAAUCUUCGUAGUUUAGAUCUGUCAUACAACAAGUUGGAAAUCCUCCAGUCGGGACAGUUCCACGGUUUGCGAAAGUUGCAAAACCUACACCUCCGGUCAAAUGGUCUCUCUAACAUCCCCAUACGAGCAUUCCUUGAGUGCCGAAGUUUGGAGUUUCUGGAUUUGGGCUACAAUCGAAUCAAAGCUCUCACACGCACCACCUUUUUAGGGUUACAGAAACUGAUGGAAUUGCAUCUUGAGCACAACCAGUUCACCCGGAUAAAUUUUUUUCUGUUUCCUCGCCUUGCCAACCUAAGAUCACUAUAUCUGCAGUGGAACCGCAUCAAGGUCGUCAAUCAGGGACUACCAUGGACAUGGUAUACAUUACAGAAACUUGAUCUUUCUGGAAAUGAAAUACAGACCCUGGAUCCAGCUGUAUUCCACUGCUUGCCUAACCUUCAAAUUCUAAACCUGGAAUCCAACAAACUUUCCAAUGUGUCACAGGAAGCGGUGUCGGCAUGGAUCUCACUGACUUCCAUCAGUCUGGCAGGCAACAUAUGGGAUUGUGCCACUGGCAUAUGCCCACUCGUGGCUUGGUUAAGAAAUUUCCGUGGCACCAAAGACACAACUAUGAUAUGCAGCAGCCCAAAAUAUCUCCAAGGAGAGAAGAUUAUGGAAGCUACAAGAAGCCACGGCAUUUGUGAGGAAACUGAUUAUGUCCUGACUGAGACACCCUCACCAAUGUCAGAGAUUUUUUCUGAAGCCACCAAUGAGCCAACAUUUCCUCCUACAAGUGGGUCUCCGCUUGUGCCACCAACUUUUGGGCAACACCGACCUUUUCGACCAAAACCUAUUCCUCACCCUACAUUCCCUGGGCAUAUGAGCAAAGAUCCAAGAGACUCAGUUGCACGUAGUCGGCCCACUCAUAUACUUCCUCCAGAGAUUGAACAUCUGACUCUCCAUAAAGUAGUGGUGGGCAGUGUGGCACUCUUCUUCAGCAUGUCUCUAAUUUUAACCAUUAUCUACGUAUUGUGGCGGCGCUACCCAGGAGCAACAAGAUUGCUCCACCAGCGAUCCAUGGUGGGGCGAAAGUGUCGCAAAAAGAGUCCAGAGCCGGAGCAGGACCUAAGCACCCAGCUGCAAGAGUAUUACAUGAGCUACAACCCUGCUGCCUCUCCAGAGGCUUUGGAAGUGCUUGGCAAUGGCACAGGCUCCUGCACUUGCACAAUCUCUAGCUCGAGGGAGUGUGAGAAUGAGUAUACAUGUCGACGUCCCCUGCCUGGUGCGUGGCUCAGUGAGUUGCCCACCAUCCAUUAA